AGUUCUUCAAUUCAGAUUGGAAUUCGCAGGCUGCAAAGACAAAGCGAUGGCACCGGUACUUCGCGACUUAAUCCAGACGUCAUAUUUCAGAGUGGUAGUCGUCGAGGAUGUGGAUUCCGUUGAAUGUUGCGGAGCGUUAAAGAAUAUAGUUGCCUGUGGCGCCGGUUUUGUCGAUGGACUGAAUCUGGGUGACAACACAAAGGCCGCAGUGAUCAGGCUAGGUCUUAUGGAAAUGAUCAAGUUUGUCGAUGUGUUCUUUCCGGGCGGAAAAUUAGCAACCUUCUUCGAAAGUUGCGGAGUGGCCGAUCUUAUCACGACGUGUUAUGGUGGACGCAAUAGAAAGGUCUCAGAGGCUUUCGUCAAAACCGGCAAGUCGAUCGAGACGCUAGAGAAAGAAAUGUUAAAUGGACAAAAACUACAGGGCCCAUUUACCGCCGAAGAAGUCAAUUACAUGCUAAAAUCGAAGAAUAUGGAGAACAGAUUUCCAUUGUUCACAGCAAUUCACCGAAUUUGCAUCGGUGAACUAAAAGCAACGGAUUUAAUCGACUGUAUACGCAGCCAUCCGGAACACAUGUAAGCUCAUAAUUGUUAUAACAUUUUAAAGAUGGUUCAUCAACAUAAAUUGGGAUAAUUAAAGCUUUUCCAGAUCUAUAGAUCUUUUAUCACUGAAAUUUUAAUUAAUCUGACUUCUGGAAGACCCAAAAUUUUGCGUAUUAAAAAUUUUAAGAGUAUAAAUUGCUUAAAUAUCUAAAAUUUUGUUUUUAAGCAGAAUUAGUUUAAAUUCUGUAAAUUGAAAUUCUUUGGUAAGAUAAGUUAAAGAGAGACA